GUGGCGCAACGCUGACGUGCUCAUUGGAAGAAGCUGACAACCUCUACAUCGGAGUGCAAAUAAAAAAAUAAAAAAUCUACAUCGGAGUGCAUCAUCCGAGUCACCAUGGAAGCUACAGAAGCGAAUGUGAUGGAAAAUAUCUUCCUGCUGGUUCUGGUCACCUUGAUGAGUGCGCUUCAGAACGUAUUCUUUGCUCGCAAGAUGGAGAGGGAGGGCACGACAGACAGCACGAAGACGGCGGCCUUCGAGCGGGUGUCCUGUGCAAAUCGAAACUGCAUGGAUGCCUACCCUACCUUCAUUGCUGUCAUGUGGUGUGCCGGAAUCUGUUUAAGCCAAGCUCCUGCUGCGUUCGCUGGGCUGGUGUACUUGUUUGCGAGACAGAAGUACUUUGUGGGAUACAUGGGUCAGUCGACUCAGAGCACCCCCGGCUUCCUCUUUGGAAAGAGGGUCCUGUCCUUCCUCUUCCUCAUGUCCAUCAUCGGGGUCCUCAGCCACCUCCUGAGCCACUACCUGGGUGCCGACUACAAGGAGUACAUCCAGACCGUCACCAAGGCCGCCUCCACACUGCUCCUCCUGCCCUGAAGGGGGCGACGUGCGGGAAACCACAGCCUGCGCACUCAUGUCCUGCCAAACUUCAGCAGAGCCAGAGCCAUUUUAUUUUGCUUUGAGAAGAGUCUAUCACUCCUGGUCCCGGAGAGCCGCAGGGUGUGCUGGCUUUUGUUUAUUCUUAUUCAGCAACCAAUUCAGACCCAAGAAAUCAGGUGAGGUAACUGUGUAAUUAACUACUUUAAUUGAUUGAUUGCUUGAUUAAGUGCUGACUGAACAGCAAAAGCCAGCAUACUUUCCAAUUGUCCGGGACCAGGAAUGAGGACCACUAGCCUAUCUCUAGCCUGCAGACCCUACAAAACACAACCAUGGGGACAAGACCCGCCCAUCUAGUGAAGUGUCUGUAGGGUGGGCAUCUUGCACUGGUGUGUUCUUCUGUGGGUGUGUUUCGUACCGAUGGGCAUGUUUUGUAGUCUGCAAGCUGAAGAUCCUUGUUUAAUCCCUCUCUCUGUAUUUUCUGUGUGUACGUUUCACAAUACAAAAAUUAAGGCACAAAAAAGCCAUUAGAAAGGCAUCUUUAUUUACAAAAUCGUAAGCACGAACAGGCCUUCAGAAGAAGACCACAGGACCAAUCCUGUCUGCCACGCAACAAAUACCGUGAACCGUUUUUUGGCAUACUUUCGAUUAUGUUGAAAUUCACCAUGACAAUCCAGUUUACUCUUUUUACACUGAAACAAACAUUUUCAAUAAAAAUGUUGAAUUUA